UCUUCACCGUCAACGCCAUGUCUCUUAGAGAAUGGAAAUGGCGGGCGCUGUGGCCGGACAGCAUCAUCAUCAUCGCCGUCAUCGCCGUUUUCUUCCAUGAGUAAAGAUUUCGAUACAACCCAAGUCUUCAAAUUCUCUAAUCCACUCUUGAUGACAUUUUUAGCCAAUCUUCAAAAGGUCAUUUUAGGAACUAAACUCUCACUUCUAUUUCCUGCUAUUCCUCUCGCCAUUGCUGCUCAGUAUUACGGAUUAGGAAGACCAUGGAUUUUCGUCCUGAGCUCAUUGGGACUCAUUCCAUUAGCAGAGCGUAUCAGCUUCUUGACAGAGCAAAUCGCAUUCUAUACUGGUCCUACAGUUGGUGGUCUUCUAAAUGCAACAUGUGGGAAUGCAACAGAAUUGAUAAUAGCAAUCCUUGCUCUCACAAGGAACAAAGUAGAUGUUGUAAAGUAUUCUCUAUUGGGUUCUGUUCUUUCAAACCUUCUCUUGGUUCUUGGCACCUCUCUCUUUUGUAGUGGCAUUGCCAAUCUCGACCAGGAACAGAAAUUCGAUAGGAAACAGGCUGAUGUCAACUCACUCCUAUUGUUUAUGGCAUUAUUGUGUCACACCCUGCCAUUGUUGUUGUUUCGGAUUGCUGGACCCAAUGGUGUAAAGACAUCUUCUGUCUUGCAGCUGUCAAGAGCGAGUAGCAUUUUAAUGCUCAUUGCCUACAUUGGUUACCUUAUUUUCCAGUUAAGGACUCACAGACAAAUGUUUGAAGCUCAGAAGGGCGAACAAGAAGAAGAAGAAGAGGAGGAUGAUGAAGCAGAAGUUAUUGGUUUCUGGAGUGGAUUAAUUUGGUUGGUAGGGAUGACUCUGGUUAUAGCCUUACUGUCUGAAUUUAUCGUGGGUGCAAUUGAGGAUGCAUCAGAAAAAUGGGGGGUCUCUGUCAGUUUCAUAAGCAUAAUUUUGCUACCUAUUGUUGGGAAUGCUGCAGAACAUGCUGGAGCCAUCAUUUUUGCUUUCAAAAACAAGUUGGACAUUUCUCUUGGUGUUGCUUUGGGAUCAGCAACUCAAAUUAGUUUGUUUGUGUUUCCACUCUGUGUGAUUGUGGCUUGGAUAACUGGUACCAACAUGGACCUUCAUCUCCAUCUCCUUGAGACGGGGUCUCUUGCUCUCUCGAUACUGGUCACAGCCUUCACCUUACAGGAUGGAACCUCCCACUACAUGAAAGGGCUGGUUCUGCUGCUUUGCUACAUUGUCAUAGGAACUUGCUUUUUUGUUUUCCCAUCACCCUUAGACUAUGUAAGUAUUAGGAACCAAGGAAUUGAGUCUACAAGAGAAGGGGCAUUCAAAAUUUGAUAUAUAAAUCAAAGUUGUGGGGGGAGGCUACAUAUUUGAUUUACAUAUGGAUCACCCAGUUUCCUUUUAAGGUACUUGUAUUUUUGUUGAUGCCUAUAUAUGUUGGCUUGAAAGCUUGAAUUCUAUAGAAAAAUUCUCUUUGGGCAUUG